AUGACUGAAACUGAUGCAGUCCAACACAACAGUCCUACAGGAGGCUGCAUACUUUCCGGCACAACUUUACACAGAGCCAGAGAGGGCGGCCUUGUGCCCAUUUCAGACAUUUGCGAGAAAACCAUGCUCUGGCUCUGGGCCCGGUUUGUUACAUGGCACUUAUUCAUUUUUCCUGAAAUGUCAGUUUUUGCUCAAGGUCUUCCAACUUAAAUUCACAAAUUAACUAUACCAUAACCACCACUAACCAUAGUGAGCCCUACGUUUCCCCUCUAUGGUAUGAAAAAAACAGGCCAUCACAGCCAUCAAAGGACAUCUUAUAUCUACACAUGGUGUCAGCUAACUUGCUUUAACUGCACUACAAUGACCAAAAAAGCCAAAUAAGAUAACCAAGUUAAAAUUGAAUCCUCAGCAGCGUCCUCCUCUUAUCAGAUCUCCUCGGUCGCCCCCUCCCUCCUCUGACAAGCACUCAAUCUUCCCAGGGUUCCCACCCCACCUCUCACACGCACCUUACCCACCUCUCUCCCCUCCUGGUGUCCUUCACUUGCUUGUAGCUCAACAAUUCGCACACAGAGCUAAAGAUGUCCUGCACGAAUGCAACCCUCCUGGCUCUCCUCACUGUGCUCCUCGCUCUUUCCUGGUCUCCAGAGGUCGACUCUGCAGCUGUGUCCAGCAGCUCGGGCAGCGCUAAGGACCCACAAGGCCCACUGAAGAGGAUUUUCGUGAAGGAGGCCGAUGCCUCAAGCUUCUUCAGAAGACGCAGCAGACGGGGCAUCAAGUCCCAGGAUGAGAUUAAUGCCGAGCAGAGGCUGGUUCUGGCCGCGGAUGAACGGAAAAGAGAGUUUCACGAGGAGAAGAGGAAUGAGUUUGAGAGCUACGCUGAAGAGGAUCAUGAUGAACAAAGCGAAAGGACCAGAGAGAGCACCGAGCAGUGGAGGGAGUUUCACUACGACGGGAUGCAUCCUCCCCAGGAGUACAACCGUCACUCCGUCUGAGGCGGGGCCCGGGGUGCAGUAGGAGAGGAGGGGUGUGAGGUUGUGAGCUGGCAGGAGACCAAGACUUAAAAGAAACAUCUUGAGCUGCACAGCAAUGCAUUCGACAGCUGCACAGUAGAGACAUCAGAUACAGUAUGAAAGAACUCGUUCUUUUAACGCUUGUGUUGCUGACAUUGGCUUUACUUAAUCAUUGUUUGGGCUCCAUCAGAAAGUAAUAAAAAUGCAAAGGUGACAAAAUGGAGAAUAAGCAGUACGGGCUGAGUCUAACAAUUAUUUUCAUUAUUAAUUUACCUAUUGUGUAUUUUCAUGAUAAAUUGAUGGAGUAUUUUUGUCUCUAAAAUGUCAGAAAAAAGUGCAACAAUCACCGUUUCCCAAGAUCCAAGGUGAACGUACAGGAAUUUCUCUCUCAGUUCAACCAAUAGCCCAAAAGCAAAGAUAGUAAGCUAUAGUUCAAUGGACCAAGAAAAUGAGCAAAUAGUCACAUCUGAGAAGUUGGAACCUGUGUUUUUACUUUUUCUUAAAAAUAACUUAUCUGUCAAAGUUUAUUCACAGACAGAGGAAAUAAAUAGUUGAAUUACUUAUUUUGGGGAUGAAUUAAAGCCCAUAAAAGGUCCUCUUUAUGAAUGAACUGUUAUUUUAUCUGUUAAAAACCACAAAUAUACAAUAGGUCGUAUGAAACACGAUAAAACCCGAAACAGUUUGUCGAUUUCUGCAGUGCACUUCUGAAACUACCGUCUCAUAAAGUUAUACAAAGAGGAUCACCCUGACGAAGUACAAUGUGAUGUUUUUGUUGUUUAAGAUGUAUUCUGGUUUUUAAAUCACCAGAAGCUGAUCAUAUCAUUUGUAAUGACAUUAGUUAAAUGUAUUGACUAGAACUCUUGAAAAACUACAUUCCAUAACAACUUCUGAUGUAGGAAAUGUGUACAGACCUUAACUAACUUGAUAUUUACUUCCUGCCAAAGAAGCAAAGACACGUGCAAACAAGCCUCUUUUUUUAAUACACAAAUCUCUACAACUCCAAACAACAGUUCUGCAACAAUAUGUAAUACAUGCAUACUGAGGUGCCGUAAUUGCACCACAUUUUCCUUCUUUUGAUGUUUUUUGGAGAGAAAAAAUGUAGGGAAGACAAAAAUAAACACUCAAGACCCAA